ACAACCUUGUGUUUGCCAGCACUUCCUCCUAGGGCCCGGAGGACUGGCUCCCUGUUCGGCUGGCCACGACCGAAGCAGGAUGAAAGGGCUCCGCUGGCGGUACACCCGGCUGCCCAGCCAGAUGGAGGAUGCCCAGUACGGGGAGGAUGAUGAGGAGGAGGACAAGGAUGAAAAGAAUGAGGCAGUCGCAGCCCCUGUCCCUGAUCCUGAAGACCCCGUGGAGCCCCAGCUGACAGAAGCCAGCCAGGUUCUGGGUGCCUCGGACAUUAGGCAGCUCAGCCUGCACCUGCCCCCGAGGGUCACUGGCCACCCCUGGAAUCUGGCCUUCAGCACAUCAAAGGAUGGCUUCAGUCUGCGGAGAUUGUACCGGCAGAUGGAGAGCUGCAGCGGGCCGGUGCUGCUGGUGCUCAGGGACCAAGAGGGGCAGGUGUUUGGUGCCUUCUUGUCCUCAGCUCUCCGACUCAGCAAAGGCUUCUAUGGCACUGGCGAGACGUUCCUCUUCUCCUUCUCCCCACAGCUGAAGGUCUUCAAGUGGACAGGGAGCAACUCGUUCUUUGUGAAAGGAGACUGGGAUUCACUUAUGAUGGGCAGUGGCAGUGGCCAGUUUGGGCUGUGGUUGGAUGGAGAUUUGUAUCACGGGAGAAGCCAUCCCUGUGAGACCUUCAACAAUGAGGUGCUGGCCAGGCAGGAGCAGUUCUACACCAGGGAGCUGGAGGCCUGGGUUCUGAGCUGAGAGCCUGUGUGGUGAACUCCUGGAGGGUGGGGCUGUGGACCUGCUCGUGGGUGCUGUUCUGCCCUCUGUUCCUAGGACUGCCCUUUCUGCUCAGAGGUGGUCAAGUGCCCACACGGGCACAGCGGCUGUUGGAAAGCUUAUCAAGGUCCUGGGAUGCAUGCAUGAGGCAGGCACUAGUGCCCUGCAGAAGUGACUUUGGAGGUGUCAAAAAUACACCUUACCCAAGAAAGAGUCCCUCAUAAAAAUGAUCUUUGUAGCAAUUCUACAGUUAAUGCAACAUAUUUAUUUGCAGAAAACCAGAUCACGUUAAAAAUUAAUAUUGCCUAAGAUUCAACUCCUCUCACAACAGUAACAUUACAAAUAAUUUUCUAUAGAUGUAUAUAUAUAAAUAGAUAUACACACACAAAUGGGAUGCUGCUUUGCAUGUUUUAGAAAUCACUUUAAAGAAUACUAUCAAAAAAAGAAUACUGAAAAAAAAAAAAAAAGAGAGAGAAUACUAUCAAACCUUAGAAACUUGUGCUCAGUCAAUGAAACCAAUAAAGACUCUAGUAUCA